AAUUUCUUUCGUCCUAAGGCCUGCCGAGUGAUCAUCUACUGAGCCAGCAGGCCAUACUCGAGUUUGCAGUCCGCAACCCCUCCUCAAGUCUGCAGCAGGGAUCCGAUUCUCCGCCCCGGCUUGACGACGAGCAGGUCCAUCUGUUUUUCCAUACAACUCCCUACGAAACAACACAACAAAAUGGCAUUUGUCGCGCGAGGUGGUGGCCGUGGUGCUCCCCGGGGCGGCGGCGGCGGUCGCGGUGGCCGCGGUGGUUUUGGUGACCGUGGUGGCCGAGGUGGUGGCCGCGGCGGCGCUCGAGGUGGCUUUGGUGGUCGAGGUGCUCCGCGCGGUGGUGGCAUGCGAGGAGGCGGUCGCGGUGGCCGUGGUGGUGGCCGCGGCGGCGGCAAGCCUGGACAGAAGGGCGGUGCCAAGGUUAUCGUGGAGCCCCAUCGUCACCCCGGUGUCUUUGUCGUCCGUGGCGGCAAGGAGGACGGCAUCGCUACGCGUAACAUGGCCCCGAGCGAGUCUGUCUACGGCGAGAAGCGAAUUCAGCACGAUGAGACCAUCCAGAACGACGACGGCACGACGACGACGACCAAGGUCGAGUACCGCAUGUGGAACCCGUUCCGAAGCAAGCUCUGCGCCGCUAUCGCUGGUGGUGCCGACGAGAUUUACAUGCGCCCUGGCUCGCGCGUCCUCUACCUCGGUGCAGCCUCGGGCACGUCCGUCUCUCACGUCUCCGACCUUGUCGGCCCUACCGGCUACGUCUAUGCCGUCGAGUUCUCCUCCCGUUCCGGGCGUGACCUCAUCGCCAUGGCCUCGAAGCGCCCGAACGUUGUUCCUAUUGUCGAGGAUGCCCGCCAGCCCGCUCGCUACCGCAUGAUCGUCCCCAUGGUUGAUGUCAUCUUUGCCGACGUUGCGCAACCCGACCAGGCCCGUAUCGUCGCCAUGAACGCUAACUGGUUCUUGAAGACCGGCGGCGGCGUGGUCAUCUCUAUCAAGGCCAACUGCAUCGACUCUACCGCCCCCCCGGCCGAAGUCUUCGCCAACGAGGUCAACAAGAUGAGAGCCGAGCACAUCAAGCCUAAGUUCCAGCUCACGCUCGAGCCUUUCGAGCGUGAUCACUGCUUGGUUGCCGGUGUGUACCAGCGUUACAGCUCGUAAGAGAACGCUCGUCUUCUAUCAUCUGGGAGUGAGCCACUCGUCUGGACUCCCAUCUCCGUCAUCGGUCAUACUUGAUUCCCCCGCACCUUGAGAGCGCAUGGGCGUCCCGAGCUUUUUCGUCCACGUUAUGUAUGCCAUUGAUGCAUCUGUUUUACUCUUCUUGCUUUUCUCUGGACGGCUGCUUUAUCUGGGCGAGACGGCGUUAUAGGCAGGGCAGGAUUGUGUAGAUAAGGAAGAAUUCACGGCGCCAAGGCCAACUGGAAAGACGUCACAGAAACUGCCGCAUUGUAUGUCGUGAGAUGACUGUGAUGAGCCAGCUCGCAAAGGUUGUCUUGGGAACUUCGUCAAGGUGGAAGCAAUCUCAGCCGGCAGCGUAUACUGCUGUCCCACGCUCUCCGAGCAACGCGGGGUGUCAGAUCACUUGGUACUCCACUCACAACGAUAGAGCAUAUUCACGCACAAAAGUAGCUAG